AUGGAUAGCACCAUCAAGUUACAUAGUGCUUCUGGUCCAGCUUAUGCUGAUUUAACAGGUUACAGGAGAAUGAUUGGAAAAUUGGUGUAUUUGACUCAUACACGACCAGACUUAUCUUAUGCCGUAAGUCAUUUAAGCCAAUUCUUGGAUAAACCCACAGUUGCUCACUACAAUGCUGCAAUCCGAGUCUUGAAAUAUUUGAAGAAUGAACCAGGAAAAGGUGUGUUCUUUCCUGCAUCUUCUUCUGACAAGGUACAAGGUUUUAGUGACUCUAAUUGGGCAUCUUGUGUAGACACAAGGAGAUCAGUUACAGGUUACUGCUUCUUUAUUGGUGACUCUUUGAUUUGCUGGAAAAGUAAGAGACAACGCACAGUAUCUCGAUCCUCAGCAGAAGCUGAAUAUCGUGCAUUAUCUCUUGCUGGUUAUGAAGCUCAGUGGUUAACCUAUCUCUUUGCUGAUCUGAAAUUGCAACAUUACAAACCUAUUUCUCUAUUUUGUGAUAAUCAAUCUGCUCUUCAUAUAGCUGCCAAUCCCGUUUUUCACGAACGGACAAAACAUAUCGAGAUUGAUUGUCACUCAAUUCGAGAAAAGGUGCAAGCUGGGAUUGUUCAUCUUCUACCAGUGCGGAGUGCUCACCAACUCGCUGAUGUUUUUACGAAGCCUCUUGCGUCUGGGCCAUUUCACUUGAAUAUUUCCAAGCUAGGAAUGUGUAAUAUACACCUUCCAGCUUGA